AUGUCUUGGCCCGCUCUGUACGCUCAGCUGGUCGGCGCAAACCGCCACUCGACCAGUCUGGGUAAAGUCUGGCUCUCUGUGCUCUUUAUAUUCCGGGUCAUGGUGCUGGUCGUGGCUGCAGAGAGCGUCUGGGGGGACGAGCAGUCCGACUUCACCUGUAACACCCUGCAGCCUGGCUGCGAGAACGUCUGCUACGAUCAAUUCUUUCCCGUCUCCCACAUCCGACUCUGGUGCCUUCAGCUUGUCUUCGUCUCCACUCCAACGCUCCUGGUUGCCAUGUAUGUAGCCUACCGCAACCAUAAGGACAAGAAGAGGCUCCUUCAGGUAGCCGGUUUUCUGGCCGCCAAAGGCCAGGAGGAGGAGCUGGAGACCCUGAAGAAGCGGAGACUCCCGAUCGCCGGUGCUCUCUGGUGGACGUACGCCUGCAGUCUGGUGUUCAGGCUGCUGUUUGAAGGAGGAUUCAUGUACGCCCUGUAUGUGGUGUACGACGGUUUCCAGAUGCCCCGGCUGGUGCAGUGUGACCAGUGGCCGUGUCCUAACCUGGUGGACUGCUUCAUCUCAAGGCCGACGGAGAAAACCAUCUUCACGGUUUUCAUGGCCACAGCCUCUUCCAUCUGUAUCGUCCUCAACAUGGUGGAACUGGCUUAUCUUGUGGCCAAGGCUGUCACAAGGUAGAAGUAUUAAUCGGUCAGACAGUCAGGAGUCUCUGCCAUUCAAAGAAGAGGAAAUCCAACAAAGAGA